ACCGACUCAAAACCACUUUCUUUAUAAAUCUCAAUCUCUCUCUUUCGUAGCUAUCUACCUCUUGUUGGGUUUCUCUUUCACAUUCUGUCUGUCUUAAUUAGCGAUACAAAGCUUCAAGCAAUGGUGGAUCUCCAGACUGUAUGCAGCAUGUGCGGAGACGUGGGCUUCCCGGACAAGCUCUUCCGCUGCAACAAAUGCCGCAAUCGCUUCCAGCACUCGUAUUGUAGUAACUACUACAGCGAAUUUGCGGAGCCGAUUGAACUGUGCGAUUGGUGCCAAAGUGAGGAAAGGAGCACAAGACAAGGUAGCUCUUCAAAGAAAUCUGCGGCUGUAAACGACGCUGGAAUCACAAGCCGGUCUGAGUAUUCUGGGGACAAAAUUAAACAGCAUGAUCGCGAAGAGAGCGCCGAGAAGGGUAAGAGUCCGACACCUUCCCCACGGACUGCUACGCGCAGGUACAAGCUUCUCAAGGAUGUAAUGUGUUGAGUGGGGGAAGAAAAAAAGGAAAAAAGGCGGAGACUUUGGAGUCAAAAAGCCUCGUGUUUAUAGUAGCAAAUGUUAAUUAUAUAUAUAAGUUGUUUCUGCGUGUUUGUUCGAGUUUUUUGUUUGUGUUAUGGUUUUCAUAAUAAAAUAUGAAACUUUCUUAA